AGGCCAACGUAAAUGAAAUUGAGUGAAUGCUGAAGAGAUUGGCAGGACCUUGUGAGUCAUUGCAAAGAGGUUAUAUUUUAUUCUAGUUCAUUCUUGGAAGUCUUUGCAAGUUUUUAAUCAUAGGAUGACAAAGUCUUAUUCAAUCUUUCAAAUUAUCAUGCCAGAUGCUGUUUGAGAGGAUGGAAUACUGGUCACAAUGUGGAUGCAGGGAGACCAGCCAGGAGGCUGAUAGAAUAAUCCAGGAGAAAGAUGAUGGUGGCUUGGCUCAAAGUGGUGGCUUUGGAAAUAGAAGUUUUUGAGAUCAAGUUACAUAAGAAGGGUACCUUAGAUGAUCUCAGAAAGGGGGACACGAUGACUAUGAUGGCUCACCAGUCCUCUUCUUGGAUCUUCGUCAAUGAGAGAACAUUCCUUACCGGGGAACAACUUAAUUCUUUAUUGAAGACCUAUAACAUUUUUUAUGAGAACCAGGAAAAUCUGCAUAUUUCCUAUGGACAGACUAAAGAUGAUACACUAAUUGUUGAAGGAAUGUUGGACAUUUGCUGGGGAGUAAAACGGCCUAUACAGCUGAAAAUACAAGAUGAGAAACAAAUCCCUUCUUUUACUGUGAAGUCACCAGAUGGCUUUUCCAAAAUGGGAAUGACACGCUGGGGAGAAUUUGAUGAUCUUCAUAAUAUUAGUGAACUGGACAAGACCCAGAUUCCAGUGCCUGAAUCAAUGAAUCCCCAGAAAGAUUAUUUAUCUUAUCACAGCAGCACUCUGAAGCCUCUUGAAGAUGAAGAGCCAAAACCUCCAUUGCUCUAUAGAACCAUGAGUGAAGCAGCUCUGGUCAGAAAAAGGAUGAAGCCUCCAAUGAUGGACAGAAAAGACAGACAGAGACAUAGAGCCUCUAUUAACGGGCACUUUUACAACCAUGAAACAUCCAUUUUCACUCCAGCCUUUGGAUCAGAAACUAAGGUCAGAGUAAACAGUAACAUGAACACUGAAGAAGUAAUAAAGCAACUUCUUCAGAAAUUCAAGAUUGAAAACAGUGCCCAGGAUUUUGCGCUUUACAUUCUUUUUGCAACAGGAGAAAGGAAGCGGCUAAAGAAGACAGACAUUCCACUACUGCAUCGACUCCUUCAGGGACCUUCCAAAGAGAACGCUCGCAUUUUCCUCAUGGAUAAAGACACCGAGGAGAUUAGCAGUGAUGUGGCUCAGUACAUUAACUUUCAUUUUUCUCUCCUGGAAUCUAUCCUUCAAAGAUUAAAUGAGGAAGAAACAAGAGAGAUUCAAAAAAUAACAACAAAGUUCAAUACAGAAAAGGCUAUUAUACAGAAAUAUCUUCAAAGGAAACAGGUAGUAAAAACAGAGACGACAGUUUAGUAGUACAGGCCACUCUUGCUAAAAAACUUCAACAAAAUCAGAGGGAUGUUAUUGUAUGAAUGCCCACAUCCUGUACUUGCAUUCAUACAAAUAUAUAUGAACUUGAGUCUGCAGAAGACUGAAUAUUGAAAAAGCUUCUCUCUCUUCGAGAUGAUGAGGUUAACUCGGGUUCACAAUUUGACUGAGAUGAGCUUGAAUUUAGUUUCAGUAACUGAAAUAAGCUUGGAUACUGUGUAUUCUAAAUAGCCUUUAUAGUGAAACACUCAAUGAACUGGAAUUUAAAUGGUGUCUUCAAUAUGAUACAAUUUAAACACCUCUUAGCCCGAACUGUCAAGAGAACUGGAAUACCAACAAUCAACUCUCAGAAAUGAUUUAGAAGUAAAAGCUGCCAGCUCUUGAAAUAAAACAGAAGCAUAUUCUUACCCUACCAAGAAAUCUGAUCAUAACAGUGUCUUAUAGCUCUUUGAAAAUUCUAGUAUUUUCAUAAAGUCCAGGGCUGUCUUUAUGUGGUAGGUGACUUUUGGCUAUCUGUAAUGUCAAAACUAUUGGUCCUUUGGGAAGGAAAAGCUUGUGCACUCUGUUAAGAAAUCCAAAUUGUAAUUUUCUCAAUCUGAGCCUCCCCCCUUUUUGCUCUGUUUUACUGAUGACUUUCAAAAAUAUUCUCAAAGGUUUUUUUAGGUCAGUUAAACUAGUUUAUUUUUCCAAACAUACAUACCAUGGAGACUUAACAUUUAAUCAGCUAUUAAGCCCAGACUUGGUCUGCAAUAACCAUUGUUAGUGAAUGAAUACAAAGGACAAUGCGGACCUAUCGCAGCUGAAGCUGGGCAAGGGCUCUAGAGUGCUGCUCUUUUUCUUCAAGACGUCUUAUUCUAUAAAACAAUGCUUGAGGUAUUUAUAAGUUGGUAAACCAAUUUGAAAAAAAAAAACAAAACUGAGAAUGCCAUAAGUCUCAUUUGUGAUUCUAUUUAUGAACUCUGUGUUAAAUGGAGUUGUAUGCAGCUUGUUUCCAUUCUGUGAACUACUUCUACUUGCAUUUUUCAUACACUUGUGUUAAACUGUUUGAAUACAUUACAUGUCCUCUGGGAUAUGGCUCUCUAUACUAAACGCAGUUGGUUUAUGAAACAGUUUCAGAACAAAAGUGUUACUUCUCAGUGUCACCAAAACUUAAACUGGAUGAGAGGAAAAGUGGGCCUAGUCAGUCCCAGUAAGUCUGUUUUAUUGUGUAAAACAGAGGCUUGCCUCUUUGUUCUUUCACCUGUCAGUUAGUAAGAGGAUAGGCAAAUAUGACAGUUAAAAUUCAGUGAUGCUACUUAAAAAAAAAAACUUAAAGUAGCAUCAAGUACCUUCCAUAAACAUGACAAAAGAUUUAUCUUUAAUCUGUUGAAAGUGCACAGAAUGCAUAAGAAAAAUACCAAGUGUUUGAUAGGGAAAAAAAAAGGCAGAUAACAUGAAAAGUAAAAAGCACAGAAGAGGAAAUGCAAGUGGCUACUAAGUAUAUGAAAAAAGUUGUAUCUUAAUAGUGACCAGCUGUAUUAGUCUGUGUCCAAUCAGGAGACAGAAGCCACAUAAUAAUUUAAACAGGGGGUAUUUUAGUACAAAGAAUCAUUAAGUUAUGAUAGGAGAGUAACCAAAAGAUGGAAGGAGAGCCCAAAGGCCAGCCUAGUACUGAGGAAGAGUGCCCCCAAAAGGAAAAGCUUGGAAGGGGUUCAGAAUUCACUGGAGUAGGUGGGGUUGCAUUCUAUUUCAAGAAGGAGAAGUUGGCUGGCUGCGAACACCAGAGCAGGGCCACAGCCUUAGGGCAAGCAGGAACAGCCUUUGUGAAGCAGGCCACCUGGGGCAGGGGGGCAGGUAUGCAGAGAGCCUUGGUUGGGACUUCCCUGCUGGUGCAAGGCUCAGAUCACAUAGGGUCUGUGACUGAAGGUGCCGAGGAAAUGGUUUGAAGGAACAGGAAAGCCAAGACUCCAAGGUAUGCACAGAGAAAGAGGGGUGCUGGUAGGAUUGAGAGCUGGAGGAGCCUCCUUUGGAGGAACCCACUACAACUCUGUGUAUGACUUGGUUCUGCAGCGUCUUUCAGGCUGCAUGGAACAAAGGUUGGGUAAGUGGCUCACUAGAUGGCCAGCCGCACAGGGCCCUCUAGGGGAGCAUGCACCAACUUGAGGAGAAGGUGCAGAGAGCAAUGAUUUGAGCUAGUCACAGGCCUGCAUUGAGACUCCAGGCUACGCCACCACAAACCCAAUCAAAAAUUGGAAAAGACGUUGGAGAAAUAAAUGCUAGGGAAAGCUGCACCCUACUGUCAAAUAGCACUGCAGAAACCACUCUGGGCAGAGAAAUGGAAAGAAAAAAGUGAGCUUUCUAAGAGCCUGGCCAGUCAGCUCAUAGCAAUCAGAAAAGACCUACUUCCUUCUGUUGAUGUACUAUGUCUCUCCAGUGCCCUCUGCUGACGAGUCAUGGCCUGCAAGGGCAAAGAAAAUAUAUUUAAAGGACACACCUCCGUUUCACAAAGCUGACACAAAGAAUGAAUUUGGAGCAGAGAGGCAAUAAAAUAACUAGCCUGCCAACAAAACACAAAGUAAAGAAAAGUGAAAUAUACUUUUUGGUCUAUUAAAUUAGUGAAGAUUAAGAAAUGAUAAUAUUAAAUACUCAACAAAUUACAAGAUGGGCUUUUAAGCUACUGAUAGAAAUACAAAUGUACAGAAUUUUUCAAAACCAAUUUAGCAGUAAGUUUAUAUUAUAAUUCUGCUUUUAGAGUCUCAUAUUGAAAUAAUCAGACAUACAAAGACAUUAAGCAAAUAUACUUACUAUGUUCCUAUUUAUUGUUGUUAAAGGAAGUAAAUAGCCUAAAUGUCAAAAAUAGAAAAG